CGAGAGAACGCUCAGUCAGACGCAGCGAGCCCCGGUAGAGCGCAAACACCUGCAAGACCAGCAACACCGGACUCAACAUGGAGUGCGACAUCUGCCUAGAGGACUUCAACCAGGUGGAGCGCGUGCCCAAGAUGGUGUCCUGCGGGCACACGGUGUGCCUGCUGUGCCUCCAGCAGAGCGACAGGCGGCAGUGUCCAACCUGCCGCAGGGUCUUCGACGUACCCCCCGAUGCACUGCCCAACAACUACCAACUCCUGCGGCAGUUGGAACGCCCCGAUAGCCCAAGGGCCCCCCGCGGCUGGUGCUCGGACUGCCGCGCCGCCGCCGCGCCCCGCUGCUGGGAUGAGGCCCACGACGUCCUGCCCGAGAAGAGGGCCCUGAAGCGCCACCUACAGGGCGCGAUGCUGCGGGCGGCUGGGCAGCUGGAAGACCUGCAAGACCACUGCCAGGGGGAGCAGGCCGUUCAGGCCCUCACUCUGCUCACGACAGAGUCCUGGUGCUUGAACCUGCAGGGCGGAGGUCACGACCUGACGGGCAACGUGAGGAACACGGAGGACCCCCUCACCCAGCUCAUGUGGCUGCUGGUGGCCGCGAAGGCCGCUCUCACCAAGAGUCGCGUUGAAGCGCGGAGUCCCUCACCUGCCGCCGCGAGGCCUCCGCUUGCAGCCCCGGGCGCAGCACCUCCAGAGACACGCUAUCCACCACCUGCCACCGCAACGCCUCCACCUGCUGCAGCCCCGGGACAAGCACCUCCAGAGGUGCGGGAGAUGGAUGUGGCUGAAGUAAGCCCGACCGGACCCAGUGAGCGGCAGCAGGACAAGGCGGCCCUCCUCGCGGAAGCGCCAGGGGUGACCCAAGUGGUCCGUCUGUUCUGCCACAAUGACCCCGCCUGGAGCCUCCAGCUGCUGCAGCGCGCCGCGCCCACGCUAGAGAGGCUGCGUGUGCUCUACCCACUCGAGCCCCACCUGCGCGCCGUGCACGCCAUGCCGCGGCUGAGGAGGUUGGACGUGGAGGGUGGUGCUCCACUAUUCGCCCAGCCCCCCGAGCUGCCUGCGGUCGGCGCGCUAUCGUCGGGACACGCCGGCCUGCAGUGGCUCAGGGUGCAGUACCUCCCCCGCGCCACGACACAGUCCCUGCUGCGGGCCCACGGCAGCACGCUGGAGGAGCUGGAGCUGCUGGUGGGCACGGCGGGGAGAGGAGAGUGGCCACGGAUCUGCGACGAUCUACACUCGCUGCUGCAGCAGAGUGGGCUGCGGGCGCUCAAGAGGCUCGUGCUGCGGAGGUGGAGCAGCGGCCACAGGGCGGCCGCCUGCAGCGAACAGCGCGCCCAGGUGCUGCGUGUACUGCCUGGGGCCGACGUGUUGUGCGUGGAGUGUGACGAUGUGGAGCUGGGACAGGUAUAGGGGCGCAGCGCAGGCCGGACUGAGCGCAGUUACAUGCGGAGGAAACCAUUCGGUUAUCUGACUGGCAGUUUCAUCGAUGAUAAAUGGGGAAUGGGAAAGAGGGGGUUAGGGAGGCAUAAUUACGUGAACAAAUAAACGCAUCUAUAAACUGCA